AUGACUGUGGCAGUCGGAAAGACGGGAUCCCCAGAUGCGGAGCAAACGCCAGUACCAGCCAAAUCCGCGGAUCAGAUAAAGCGGCUUAUCGCGAGGCGACAGGAACAGGUUAAGAGAAGCUGGGCCCGUCUUCUGAAGUCGGAUGUUAUCCCGAGUAUUGAUUUCAAGGACAUCCAGGCUGCUCCGCGGUCUUUCCAAAAUGAGCUGCGGAAACGGGGUGUUGCUGUUAUCCGGGGUGUGGUCCCCGAGGAAGAGGCAAGGGCUUACAAGAAGGAAAUCGAAGCCUAUUUCCCGGCGAACCCAAUCUUCGAGCUCUAUUGGUCCAAGCCCCAGAUGAGAGCCCAUCUUCACCCCAAUAUGGCUGAGACCCAGCGUUUUCUCAUGAGCUUCUGGCAAUCGCAUGCUGCCGAUGCAAAGGUUUCGCCCAUUCAUCCCCUCACAUAUGCCGACCGCGUCCGUAUCCGCCAACCGGGCGACGCGGGCUUCGCGCUCGGGGCUCACGUCGAUGGCGGUAGCGGCGAACGAUGGGAAGACAACGGAUAUGGUCUAGGCGACGUAGAUCAGCGCAUCUGGGAGGGACGUUGGGAGGAGUACGAUCCCUGGGAGGCUAGUUGCUGCGUACCCGCCGUCGCUGAUCGGUACAACGGUGCGGGUGCAUGCUCCAUGUUCCGGAUGUUCCAGGGCUGGCUCGGCAUCUCGCACGUCGGUCCCAAGGAAGGAACUUUGUUGGUCAACCCCAUCCUCUCCAUGGCGACGGCUUAUUAUCUUCUGCGACCUUUCUUUGAGCCCAUCUCCAAGCCUCCAUCUGGAGGAUCCCGUCUCUCACGGGAUACCCCGUCGAGCAAGUUGGAGGGCGCUACCCCGGGGUUCUCGCAGGAGCUGAACGAUAUCCUCCACCCACAUAUGGAGCUCGAAAAGACGAUGGUCCAUGUUCCCCAGAUUGUUCCAGGCGAUUACGUUGCUUGGCAUUGUGACACAAUCCACUCUGUCGAUGAAGUGCACCAAGAAAAAGGCGAUUCCAGUGUUCUGUGUAUCCCCGCUUGUCCUGUGACCGAGGCGAACAUGGAUUACGUCCCGCGCCAGAAACAGGACUUCCUUGCCGGUGUACCUCCGCCAAAUUUCCCGGGUGGUAAGGGGGAGAGCGAGCAUGUCGGGCGGACUACUGAGGAGGAUUUGCGGAAUUUCACAAACGAGGAGGGUUUGAAGUCGUUUGGAUUUGCGAAGUGGGAUGCGCAGGAAAAUAAUCUCAACCAAGGACAGCGUUGGGUGUUGGAGGAGUCGAACCGUAUUUUGGGUUUGUAG